AUGGACCCAAGACAACCACCACCACCACCACAGCACCCCUUCUCGCGGAACGCUGCCGCCUCGCCCUUUACACGACCGUCAUUCCCGCCAGCAAACGCGAACCCAGCGACAUCGCAACCUCCGUAUCCACCCGCGCCAUCAUCGCAUCCAUCGUCCCACGGCCCUCAACCACAUCCGCCGUCCCAUCCCGCGUCCCAUCCCUCCCAUCCUCCGCAGCCCACCGGCCCUCCCUACUCCGAAAUGCACGCGCGCAAACCCUCCGAUCCGCCUCCCUAUUACCCGGGCGCGAGACAGUAUGGUGGUCCCGAGCCUGGUCCCGGCCCGAUGCCGCCGUCGACACACUCGCGACAUCCGAGCACCUCCUCGAUAGCUUCAGGUCCAGCCAUGACUCGCGCCAUGCCGCCGCCACCAUCCUCGCCGCCACAACAGCAGGGACAGCAGCAGCAGCAAGGUGGACCAGGCGUCCAUCAAAUGGGAGGCCCUUAUGGUCCACCAGCACCGCGCCCUCCUCCUGUCCAAGUUGGACCCCCAUCCGCUUUUCCUCGAGGACGUGAACUACCCGCGCUGGAAUCGCUGACGAGGACCGGUCAGCCUGGAAGCAGCAUGUCCAUCUCUUCGAUGCUCGCCAACAGGGAGCCCUCACAGUACGCGCCUGGACCACCUCCAAAUGGUCCCGGCCCCGGCCCUGGUUCUGGUUCUGGUUCUGGUCCCGGUCCCGGUCCUGGUCCCGGUCCUGGUCCUGGUCCUGGUCCUGGUCCUGGUCCUGGUCCUGGCUACAAUCAACAACCUGUUCAUGCGUCUCCUCGAAUGCAUCAAGCUGCACCGCCAGAAUACGUGCCAUUUCGACGACCACAAACUCCAGAACAUCAUCGCAUGUACGAUGGCCGCGAUCCAAGAGCGCCGGCCGGAGCAUCUCCUCAGGCCUACAACUCGACGCCAGAGGUACAACGCUAUGGCACCCCACAGGCCUAUCCUCCAAGAAGCGGGCCACCGAUGUCGCUCAACGAGCAAGGAAGGGAUCCUAGGGAGCCACCACGAAUGCCAAACACGAGCGUGCCUCCUCGGCCUAACAGCCAGCCGAAAUCGUUCCAGCCUGUUGGACAUCCCCGAAUGGAAAUAACCAGACCGUCUAAUGAAUUGUAUGGACACAGAGAAGAACAACUACGGCCAGCUCCGGCCGAGGAAUACAACCCCGAACGUCCGAUCAGAGUGCUCAAGUAUGAAGAACAGCGGUUCAUGCCGGAUAGGGAGCGACAUGAAAGGGAAAGGCAGGAGAGGGAGCGUCAUGAGCGGGAUAUGGAGUUUCGGGAAAGAGAGCGGCGAGAGAGGGCCAUGUCCGGUGGCGAUCCAGGACGACCACCACAUGGCAUGCAUCCGCAAGAAUAUGCGCGGCAGAUGGAACAACGGGCUCAGCAGGGUUACGGUCGCCCUCCAGAACCGCGGGAACAGGGUAAUCACUGGCCAAGGCCUGGCUACGAGCCAGCGCGAGCUCCCUACGACCCUGCCAUGCAUCAUGGACCUCCGAGACACCAAGAGUACCCUCCUGCCUCCGGACCGCACUACAACAACGGCCCUCACCAAUAUGUGGAACGCCAUCCAAUGCCUCCUCACCAAAACGCCAUCCCCCCACCUGGACCUGUACAUCCCCAGUCUUACGACUCACCGGACCGCCAGCGCAUGAACCACAUGCACAUUGACCGCCAGCCACACCCGCAACAGCUCCCACCACGAAGCCGUGAGGACCAAGCCGUUCCACCUCCGUCUGUCGCGUACGGCGGGGUGGGUGGUCCACCCAUGUACGACUCUCCUCGUAACCGGAGCAUAGAGGAGCUCAAUGCGCCACAUGGAAACCAGCGAAAUUUACUAGGGAUCCAGGAAAUCAACAGAAAGGGCCGCAUCUCACCAUUGCCGCAAGCGGUGCAAGGAGCCCAGCCCCAGCUGGCGGGUCCAGCCGGUGAACCAGGCAUCAAGAGCGAGUUUGGUCGCAUGUUUUCAGGUAUUGGUAGCGGUGUGGGUGCCAUCUCCAGCCCUGUUCCCACAGGUGCGCAGCUUCCCUUCAAUGCCAUGGGAUUGCUCCGCCGCGAGGAGCCGGAUGGUCCCCUGCACGAACCGGUUGUGGAGAUGGCGAAGCCUGGACGUGGGAAGAGGAGGAAGUUGAAGGAGGAGGAUCUUCGAGACGAAGAGGGUAGCACAGGCAGAUCGACCCCAGUGGGUGGCCGUGCCAAGAAGGCAAAGACGCAUGCGCACCACCAUCAUCAGUAUGUCCAUGCCCCAGGCUUCCCAGGUCAAGCAUCUAACGUCGGCAGUCAUCAUCACCACCAUCACCAUCAUGGUAUGGACCAGACAGGAUCCCCUGCCAGUGCCGCCAACGCCCCCUUCAAACACGUAAAGGGCUCUACUCCUGUCCCUUCCCCGACCUCUGCCCUCGGAAGAGAACUUCCGAACGCCCAUCACCACCACCAUCACGCAGCCCCUAGACCGGCCCAAGCCAAAGCUGUCCCGCCACCCCGGAGCCCGUCUCCUGUCGUUCUUCCCAAGCCGAAACAAAUCAUCUCGUCAAAAGCCGUGCUGGAGGCGGUGGCGGGUUACCCGCGCACACACCUCGGAGAUGUUGUCUACAAGCCACGGCUCCAACCGGCUCGGGCCCAGGACCCCCGGACAGGGAGACCACCACGAACACCGUUCAAGUCCACCAUGGAGCCACUGCCUUUUGACAUGAUACGAGACAAGUUCAACUGUACGCUCACGGUCAAGAUCGGAAAAGAGCAUCUGAGCAGCGACGUUCGCGAGGAAAUUACGCGGACGAGAGCGUUGUGGGGGACAGAGGUAUACACGGACGAUUCAGAUGUGAUUGCCGCCUGCAUUCAUGGCGGGUGGAUUAGGGGCGAGUGGCAUAGGGAUGUCAACAUCAACCUUCUCAACCUCGACCAAGGCUACAGCAUAUCUGACGUGCGGGAGGAAACCAGGCGACAGGCUGCUACCGACGGGCGCUCAUCCACACCCACUCCGUCCAACCUCAUUGUUCUCGACGCUCCGCCCAAGACAGGUCCCAUGGCAGUGCCCGAAAACCGCGACCUACACGUCAGGCUUGUGAUUCUGCCCCGACUGGAGAAGUACGCUUCCACAACGCGAUUCGGCAUCAAGAGUCGAGAAUUUGGCGGCUCACUCGCAUCCGCCGACGACGGCAGGCCACGGAUCAAUGCCACACACGACGGAAUCAGCUACAUGAUCACCGAAAUCAGGUGGCUCACCAACGGGGGUGAGUCGCAGAACAGGCUCAGGGGCAAAGCACGACGCGAAAGGAUACGAAAGGCGCUGCGAGAGAUCGAGCUGACCCCUGCAUGGGCCAAGGCGACGAGUAACGGCAGUGCGGCAGGGUCGGAGCGGCAAGGACCCGUCAGCAAGGCGCCCAGCGAAGUGGACAAGGAGAACCAACCGCAACGCAACGCAGAGGAAAUGGAAGUGGAUGAUUCGAAAACGCAGCAAGGAGCAAAGGAAGCUGUGAAUGGGCAGCAGGGCGGAGACACCGGCAGCAAGAGUGCGAGUGAGGGUACGACGACAGGACCGGCAGAAAAUGGGGUUUCUGUGACAGAAAAAGCGCCGGCGGCUGUUGAGGCGACAGAAUCUGGGACAGAGGUGUCUGUAGUCCCGGUGGAAACAGCCGCCCCUGAGCCCACCGUGUAG